CCAAAUUUAUGUUUCAAUGUUAGCGUUGCUAAGCAUUAACCAUCUCAUAAUGAUGAUAUUAUAUAAUAUUAGUUAACUUUUUUCUUUCUCCCUUUCUUUAACCUUUUCUCUCCCUGAUUAUUAUUUGAUUGCUUCUCACCCAGAUUGCUUUUAAGCUGAGUUGUUUGGAAUAAUUGAAGAGACUUUCAAUUUCUACCUGUCAAUUGUAUUAUUUGUUUAUUCACUUCGGUUGAAUUUUCUGCAAUAAAUCUUCUUGAUAAAUUAAUCUUUGUUCAAUUUUUGAAUUCAAUCAAGUUUGUGUCCUACUUCGAAAAUGCCAAUCCAACUGUUUGAAUCGGAAGAUCAUGCAUCAACUUAUGUCCGAGCUCGACCAUCACCUCCAGCCUCACUGAUAAAUGCCAUUGUUGAUUUUCUUGAUUCAGGUAAUCUUAGAAAUGAAAAUGGUUCCUGGCCAAAAGCAGUUGAUGUUGGUGCUGGUUCAGGUCAAACCACCUUUCUGAUUAAAGAUUAUUUCGACGAAAUUCUUGGUGUUGAUAUAAGUGCAGCUCAAAUUGCUGAGGCCAAUAAACGGAAUAAAUAUCCCAAUAUUUCAUUCAAGGUCGCUCGAGCAGAAUCAAUUCCAUUGGAAGAUAAAUCAGUUAAUCUAUUAACAGCAUCACAGUGUCUCCAUUGGUUUGAUUUAACCUCAUUUUACGAGGAAGUUGAUCGACUUCUAGCUCCUGGAGGAGUUUUUGCUGCUUUUGGUUACAUUUGUUAUCCCAUUCGAUCACCAAACGAUUGUCCAGUUGCUGAUAAAAUGGCUCAAUUGAUUGAAAAAGCUUUCAACAAUUUGGAAGACAUGGGCCUCUGGGAACAACCCGCAAUGAACUUUCUCCAUUCCAAAUACGAAAAUUUAAAAUUACCUUAUCGGGACUCAAAACGAAUAACGAACAUAAUCUGUCCAGUUACCUAUUCGGGCGAAAGUUUUCUUGAUUACAUCACCUCAUGGUCAGCAUACAAUACUUUGGCUUCUAAAUCCCCGGAGAAAGCAGACAUCUUCAUUGAAGAUAUCGCUAAUCGAAUGAAAGAUAUCCUUGGAACAUGUGAUUUCGGAUCAGUUCAGAUAAAACUCAACUUUGAAUUUUUCCUUCUUAUGGCUAGAAAAUGAAAAGAGUUUUGAUUACUACAGUGUAUUAAAACAAAAACAUUACAUGAUGAGAUGAUAACAUAAAAUAGUACAUACCCAAAUCUUGACAAUAAUCAAGUACCAAUUAAAAUAAUCAGCUCAUCAUGUGUUUAUUUGUCUAUUUUGUUAACUCUGCAUCCAAUAUUAUUUUGAUUCAAGUAAUCAUCAAAAAUACUAUUAAUAAUAGCCAUCAUAACUUUGCUGUGGAGGCAAUUUUUUAACGCAAAUGUGCGCUAUCAUUUCUUUUCAAUAUUCAACAUUAAACUUAUUCAUUAUCGACAAAUA